UGAGAAAGAAAAGGAUAGUUUCGUGCCUUCGAACAUGAUGUCUGCGUUUUUCCGGAUGAUCGGUCUGGAUUCGCCGAAAGUCACUGCGAUCGUUGUGAACAGUGUCAUAUUUCUUGCACAAAUGAUUAGUUCGCUCUUCGAUUUAAAACCGCCGAAAGAGCAGAUCGCAAGGAAUCUGGAUGACGAAGACGAAAUUUCGAACUGGAAUCCAGCCAACAUAAUUAUGCAAAGCAAAAACGAGAGAAUUCAAAGCUUGAUCAAGCAGGCGCAAGAUCAAGAACUGCCCAAUCAAUUGAUUGAAAGGGUAGAUGGCAUGGAUUCAGCUUGUAUCAGACUUUUGUUAUGCAAAACAUCGCCAGUGAUAAAAGCAGCACAGCAUUUCCUCAAGAAUAAGGCUCAAAGUGAGUCUAGCAUGACUGGGUGGCUGCCCAGCAGGGACGAAUUCGAGGAAAACAGCGACCAGUGCGAAAACACGCACACCGAUUGCAGUUUAUUUUCCUAG